CCUUCCUUCCUAAGUAGUCCUGAACUCUCUUCCAGAAGCUCCCAAAUCUUUCCAGGCAAGACCCCACUUUCUCAACUCCUAUUUCUCCCCCCGUCUUUGCGAAAGGUGAAGAAAGAAAAAAUGAGCAGCCGCUCAAGCCGUACCAUCUAUGUUGGAAAUCUCCCUGGUGACACUCGAAUGAGAGAAGUAGAAGAUCUGUUUUAUAAGUAUGGGCGUAUUGUUGACAUUGAUCUGAAGCUCCCACCAAGACCCCCAGGCUAUGCUUUUAUUGAAUAUGAAGACCCCCAUGACGCAGAAGAUGCAAUUUAUUACCGGGAUGGGUAUGACUUUGAUGGCUGUCGGUUGCGAGUUGAGCUUGCACAUAGUGGGCGAUCAUAUUCAUCAUCAGUGGAUCGCUAUGGUAGUUAUGGUGGCAGUAGUAGCAGCCGUGGUCUUCCUAGGCAUUCUGACUAUCGUGUUUUGGUCACUGGAUUACCUCCUUCUGCUUCAUGGCAAGACCUGAAGGAUCACAUGCGUCAAGCUGGUGAUGUCCUUUUCUCUCAAGUAUACCGUGAUCGUGGUGGCAUGAAAGGAAUUGUGGAUUAUGCACAUUAUGAUGACAUGAAGUAUGCAAUAAAAGAAUUGGAUGACUCCAUUUUUAAUCGGUCAUAUAUACGGGUGAGGGAGUAUGACUCAAGGCGGAGCUACUCUCGGAGUCGCAGCUGUGAUUCGAGGCGGAGCUAUUCUCAUAGUUCUUAUAUAUCAAGAAGCCCUAGUCGCAGCCGAAGCUAUGGUGGCAGGAGCAGGAGCAUAUCUCCAGAGAGAGAAUAUUCUCACCAAUCUCCAUCAGAAUCUCGUUCAAGAUCCCCACCAAAAUCCAGAUCUCUAGUUACUUCUGCUAACCAUAAACGCCGCAGUAGGAGUCGGAGUCGCAGAAGUUUAUCACAGUCUCGCUCACCAGCUGCAAGAUCUGAACGGAGCAAAUCUGUAGACUCCAAGGAUCGCUAUUGAGCAUAAUUUUUUUAGUGCUACUUCGUGAGAUGUUCUUUGUGGUCGCUAGGACACCAACCAUGUGAGACUAGAGGUAGCUAAGUAUGUGUUUAAAUUUCGAUAUUUCACUGAAGGGUCUUUUAUAGUUGCAUCUUUCUGAACUGAACGAUACAAAUAAUCCCAACAUUGUAUCAAAAUAUGCUCGUACUGGGUUAUUUUAUAUACUUUUCUCUAAAUAAACUUGACUACUCUCCCAUUCAAUUCAGGGGCUA